UGCGAAGUGCGAUUGCGAGCGGGACCUUCAUUUUGAAUCAUUCUCUCUCUCUCCCUUUUGUCAGUUAAUCUGCCGGCCGCCCUAACCAGCCCCGCCACCACAUUUCUCAGAUCUAUCACUCUUUUAUUCUUCUCAGCUCUCUACCUCAUUUCCUAGCGCUUCAAGUCGCCCUUCCGAAUUCCCUGAUUUGGGCUGUCAUCGCAUUGGAAUCUGAUAACAUGGUUCUGGGAUUCUCCCACAAUGCAGAAUCCCAACUCUCCCAGUGCGAUGGUUCCAGUUUCGAUCUUGGUUCUGUAAUGGAGUCAUAGUCCAAUUUCGGUUGCUAUGCAGACUCUGGUGUUCAGAGGUGUUUGGUGAGUGUGUCAAUUUUUUAUUUUUAUUUUGUUCCGAAUUGGAAUGCAAAGGUCGUCGAGCUCGAUGGCGCAGCCGGAUGCCAUACUGGAGUGGCUUCACAAGGAGAUGGGGUACCGGCCGUUGGGCAACUACAGUGGUUCGACGAACAAGUCCCAGCUGCCGUCCAUUGACGCGCUGCGGAAGAUUUGUCGGGGUAACUUGAUACCCGUCUGGAGUUUCUUGAUUAAUCGAGUCAAGUCGGAGAAGACGGUGGAGAGUAUAAGGAAGAACAUCAUGGUACACGGCGACGACAGUGUUGGUGGUGUUGAGCGUGGGGGUCCAGUGAGUACUUCCGGGAAAGAUGAUGGCGGUGCCGGCGGCAGGAGUAAAGGAGGUGGGAGGAGGAAGGAGAAGGUGGUUGGUGGGGAUGUUUCUAGUAGUGCAGCAGAGAGUAGGGAUUUGGCGUUGCAGGAAAGGGAGUUGGCUGCAAAGGAGGUGGAGAGGUUGAGGAAUAUUGUUAGACGGCAGAGGAAGGAUUUGAAAGCCCGAAUGCUCGAAAUCUCGAGGGAAGAGGCUGAGAGGAAGAGAAUGAUCGAUGAACGCUCUAAAAACAGGCAUAAGCAGGUGGUGCUGGAAUCUUACGAUCAGCAGUGUGAUGAAGCAGCAAAAAUAUUUGCCGAAUACCACAAACGUCUUUGUUACUAUGUUAAUCAAGCUAGGGAUGCUCGGAAGUCGAGUGCUGAAUCUUCUGCUGAUGUGAUUAGCAAUGCCAGUGCGAACAGUGACAAAGAAUCAGUUUAUUCGACAGUCAAGGGUGCUAAAUCUGCUGAUGAUGUUAUUCUUAUCGAGACCGCCCAUGAGAGAAAUAUCAGAAAGGCUUGUGAAUCUCUUGCGGAUCAUAUGAUUGACAGAGUACGCAUUUCCUUUCCGGCGUAUGAGGGAAGUGGUAUUCAUUCAUCUCCUCAACUGGAAGCUGCAAAAAUGGGUAUCGAUUUUGACGGGGAGUUACCUGAUGAAGUUAGAACCAUCAUUGUGCAUUGUCUGAAGAAUCCUCCUCAAUUACUCAACGCAAUCACCCUAUACACAUCGCGACUAAAAUAUAUGAUUUCUAGAGAAAUUGAGAAAAUUGAUGUCAGAGCUGAUGCAGAAACUUUAAGAUACAAGUAUGAGAACAACAGAGUACUGGAGGCUUCUUCUCCUGAUGCCAGGUCUCCAUUACAUUAUCAACUGCAUGAAAAUGGAAAGUUUGGAACAGAUAUUCCUUCCGGAGGAACUCAGAAUCAGCUCCUUGAAAGACAGAAAGCUCAUGUUCAGCUAUUUCUGGCUACUGAAGAUUCACUGAACAAAGCUGCCGAGGCUAGGGACUUGUGUCAGAGUCUUAUAAAGCGAUUGCAUGGGAGUGGCAAUCUGAGUUCUACAAAUGUACUUACUGUUACUGGUGCAUCACAGAACCUUGGCAAUCUUCGACAAUUUGAGUUGGAGGUUUGGGCCAAGGAGAGAGAGACUGCAGGAUUAAGGGCAAGUUUGAACAUACUGAUGUCUGAAAUCCAGCGCUUAAAUAAGCUUUGCGCGGAGAGGAGAGAAGCUGAAGAUUCUUUAAGAAAGAAAUGGAAGAAGAUUGAAGAGUUUGAUGCACGGAGAUCUGAACUUGAAACUGUUUACACUGCUUUACUGAAGGCCAACCAGGAUGCAGCCACAUUCUGGAAUCAGCAGCCGUUGGCUGCACGGGAGUAUGCAUCAACUACUAUUAUUCCAUCAUGCACAGUUGUGUUGCACAUUGCGAACGCUGCAAAAGAUCUUAUCGAUAAUGAAGUUAAAGCUUUCUCAAGGAGUCCUGAUAAUAGCCUUUAUAUGCUGCCUUCUACUCCACAGGCACUUCUGGAAUCAAUGGGUUCCACAGGAUCUACAGGACCUGAAGCUACUGCUGCUGCAGAGAAGAAUGCUGCUCUCCUCACAGCAAGAGCUGGUGCUAGGGAUCCAUCAGCAAUUCCGUCCAUAUGCCGAAUAUCUGCUGCUCUCCAAUACCCUGCUGGUUUGGAGGGUUCAGAUGCUGGUCUAGCAUCAGUGUUGGAGUCCCUGGAGUUCUGUCUGAAUCUACGUGGUUCCGAGGCUAGUGUUUUAGAAGACUUGGCAAAGGCAAUCAACAUGGUCCACAUAAGACAGGAUCUUGUUGAAAGUGGCCAUGCACUUUUAAACCAUGCAUAUCGAGCUCAACAAGAUUACGAAAGGACAACAAACUAUUGUUUAAGUUUAGCUUCCGAGCAGGAGAAGAUUGUCAAGGAGAAGUGGCUUCCUGAGCUUAAAUCUGCCAGUUUGGAGGCUCAAAAGUGUCUGGAAGAUUGCAAAUACGUUAGAGGUUUGCUUGACGAGUGGUGGGAACAACCAGCAUCCACAGUCGUUGAUUGGGUUGCUGUUGAUGGGAAAAACGUCGCUAGUUGGAUUAAUCAUGUCAAGCAACUUCUUACAUUGUCAUGAGGAGUCUCUUCAUGAAUAAGUAGCUUCACAGAACAGCAUCAUGCAAUGGUUACAUACCUUCUCCUUGUUUGGCGAGGCGCUUCAGCGAGGCUUCUUGUCCAUAUGCAACAAUGUGCCACACCCUUCAGCAGACACCGUGAGAGGGUUAAUCACAGCUCCAAGGAACAGCACAAUCCCUGACUUUUCCUCCACGAUAGUGAACAUGAAAGCAUGGUCUGCCACAAAGCUAGGAGGGUUCCUCCUCCCGCACUUCCUUAUAAAUCUCGGCGCAGUGCUUGCUGCAGCCUCUGUCCCUUCCUCAUUCACUUCGACAAAUGCCUUGUGAAACAUCUUCGACAGUGAUAGCUUAUCCCCUGCUGCUCCACAAUCCACCAUCUCUGUUAGCUCCCCUGCUUUGAAACCCAUCCCCAGUUCCUCCAGGGCCUCCUUAGCUUCCACCUCGAACGAAAACUUGAACCUAGGGAUCCAAAGCUGAGGCAAAUUUUCCAGCUUCAGCUGAUCGGAGUAGUUGUUCAACAUCCCAGGGUUGGUUCUGAUUUUCUGUACGAGGGUUGGCAAGCUGUCUGGUUCGUCUGGGAGGAAGAAAUGCAUUGAGAACUGCAUACUGUUAUCUUCGUUUUCAGGUUCAGGAUUCUGGUAGGGGAUUUUGAGGACCUUGUAGCCGUCGAACGAUUUGUAAAGAUGCUUUUGGUUUGGUUUGGUGGUCAUGAAAGGAACUGCCACGGUUUCUGGAGAGUUGAGGAGGUGAAAGCUCCUGACUUGUGUUCUUGCUGGGUCGAAUUUCCUGUCCCAUUGGCCUUUGAAGUAGAGGGCGUUUGCAAGCACUAGUGCGGUAUCAUCUUCAAGGCUUCCUUGUGGUAGUAGGCUUCUGAUGAGCCCUUUCGUCUCCUUCGCUACCCACAAAUU